UUCUGGGUGACUCUGAGCCAUCUGCCGUGGCGGAGGGAACCGGAGGCGUAGUGGGGUACGGACUGUGAGGGGCGUGAGGAGGGUGUGCGAGGGUGAGUGUGGAAGUGUGAGUUGCCUCGUCUCCCCCGGCGCCGCUUCUUUGCGGGCGUCUCGCUGGGUUUGUGCAGCCGAGUGUGUGUGUGUGUGUGUGUGUGUGUGUGUGUGUUUUCCCUCGCCUGCCCCCUCCUUCCCCGCCCCCUAGCACCGCCGAGCCCGGAGCGAGGACCCGCCAAGUCCGAGAAGACCCAUCGCCAACUCCCGCUGCUGCCCAGCACUGUCGCUUCCCACCGACGGCCGAAAGGGAUUCGUUUGAAGAAAAAUGCAUGAAAGUUUUACAUCAUGACAACUAUCAGGCAAAGGAGAGAAAUAAAAGUCGCAGAAGCUUAUGAGGAUAAUCAGUCACAGGAGGAGGAGGAAGAACUGGAAAGACAGUUGUUAAAUAUUUACACUGGGAGAGGAUUAUGGAAAAUUCUUUCGUUUACGAUUGGUGGAACUAUUGGCCUUUGCAUUGGAUUUCUUACUUCUGUCUACCUUGCUACUUUACAUGAAAAUGAUUUAUGGUUUUCUAACAUUAAGGAAGUGGAGCGAGAAAUAUCAUUCAGAACAGAAUGUGGAUUAUAUUAUUCUUAUUACAAACAAAUGCUCCAGGCUCCGACUAUCUCAAAAGGUUUCCAUGGAUUGAUAUAUGAUAAUAAAACUGAGUCAAUGAGGACAAUUAACCUCCUUGAACGAAUGAAUAUUUACCAGGAGGUUUUUCUCAGCAUUUUAUAUAGAGUUCUACCUAUACAGACAUAUUUAGAGCCUGUUUAUUUUUAUAUCUACACUUUAUUUGGACUCCAAGCAAUGUAUGUCACAGCUCUUUAUGUAACCAGCUGGCUUCUUAGUGGAACAUGGUUGUCAGGGCUGUUAGCAGCUUUGUGGUAUGUUAUAAAUAGAAUAGAUACCACAAGAGUAGAGUUCACCAUUCCUUUGAGAGAGAACUGGGCGCUGCCAUUCUUUGCAGUUCAGAUAGCAGCAAUUACACAUUUGCUCAGACCACACUUACAGCCUCUUUGUGAAAGGCUGACUCUUCUUGCAGUGUUCAUAUCUACUUUUCUCUUUAGUCUAACAUGGCAAUUUAAUCAGUUUAUGAUGUUAAUGCAAGCAUUAGUUUUAUUCAUACUGGACUGUCUGAACAUGCUUCCUACAACAAAGGUUACAUGGCUAUAUAUUAUACAGGUGACAAGUUUACUCUUGGUCUGCGUCCUUCAGUUCUUUAAUUCCAUGAUCCUUGGAUCUUUGCUUAUAAGUUUUAAUCUCUCAGUGUUAAUAGCAAGAAAAUUUCAGAAAAAUCUGAAAACUGGAAGCUUCCUUAAUAGGCUCUGGAAACUUUUGUUCCACUUAGCCCUGGUGCUAUGUUUGACCAUUUUUCUCAAUAGCUUUAUUAAGCAAUUUCUUAAUCUAAAGUCAGAUGAACACAUAUUUAAAUUUCUGAAGGCAAAAUUUGGGUUUGGCGCAACAAGGGAUUUUGAUGCAAAUCUGUAUCUAUGUGAAGAAGCUUUUGGCCUACUACCAUUUAAUACACUUGAAAGACUGUCACAUACAUUACUCUUUUAUGCGUACAUGUUUGUUCUUUCCAUUAUGGUGAUAGUGGCUGUUGUUGUUGCCCUUCGGAACCUCAGUGAUUCUACUAAUGUGCAUAAGGGAAAAUGUACAAUUUUACUGAAGCCUGGAACAGCCUACAACUUGAUGCACUCUAUUUUGUUUGGAUGUUUGGCUUUUAGUACCAUGAGAAUGAAGUAUCUUUGGACAUCACAUAUGUGUGUGUUUGCAUCAUUUGGCUUAUGCAGCAGUGAUGUAUGGGAGUUGCUUUUAAAAUUGGUCCAUCUCUACACACCAAAGAGGAUGAAAAUGAUGAGAUAUUCAGUACCAGUAUUAAUACUCAUCUAUCUUUGCUAUAAGUUCUGGCCAGGAAUGAUGGCAGAGUUAUCAGAGUUGAGAGAAUUCUAUGACCCAGACACAGUGGAGCUGAUGAACUGGAUUAAAUCAAACACUCCCAGGAAGGCUGUCUUUGCUGGAAGCAUGCAGUUGUUAGCAGGAGUCAAACUGUGCACAGGGAGGACCUUGACCAACCACCCACACUAUGAAGAUAAGGGACUGAGAGAGAGAACAAAAGAGGUUUAUCAGAUAUAUGCGAAGAGAUCUCCUGAAGAAGUUUAUUCCCUCCUGAGGUCCUUUGGCACAGACUAUGUCAUCUUGGAAGACAGCAUUUGCUAUGAAAGAAGGCAUAACAGAGGCUGCCGCCUCCGAGACUUGCUUGACAUAGCUAAUGGACAUGUAAUGGAUGGCCCAGGAGAGAAUGAUCCUGAUUUAAAGCCUGCCAAGCACCCCCGAUUCUGUGAAGAAAUCAAAAGAAACUUGCCUUCAUACUCUGCACACUUCACCAGAGUGUUUCAGAACAAAACAUUUCAUGUUUACAAGCUGUCUAGGCACAAGUAAUACAACUUUUGGUAAUUCUUUAUUCUGAUCCAGGUGAAAUUUCAUUCUUUUGAAGCCCAACAUGAUGAAAUUCCUGUGUCUUGAGUCAGUUUUGAGCCUUCACCAGACUCGUGUUGCUUUCCACACCAUUUUGAAUAGCCCCAUUCUGUAGCAACAAACAAGGCUUCAUGGUAAAUGAAUUUCACCUGUAGUUUAAUGCUGUGAGGUUUAAUAAGUACUCUAGAAGUUUACAUGAGUGUUGAUAUUUUUUGAAGGUAUUUUACAUAAACUGUCUUUUUCUUUUUGUCUAACUUUUUCCACUGGUGUUCAUUGUGUUGAGUGUAAACAAGUUUCUAACAGUGAUCUGGAACUUUGUUGUUUGAGCUGUUUCCAAUCAGAUGGGAAUACUGAGUCUGCUUAGGAUUGGAAAUAUUUUUAAGCUUACUUUGAAUUUUAUUGAACUGAAUCAAGUGACUUUGUAACAGAAUUAGUGAAUAAUAUCCUUUCAAUUAAUUAUUACAUGCUAUUGAAGUAUUAUAUACACUAAUGAUGGUGUGGCAGUUAAAAAAACAAAGUUUACUGUUCUAUUUUUUUCUGUAAACUUUACAGACAUUUCCAGUUUCCAUGCUCUUAGCAUUCAAAAAUUACAGUGGCUCUGUGUAUUUAUUUGAUACUUUUUCCAUUGAUAUGUGUUUGAGCAAGCACUUCAGUAAAAUGUAUCUUUUAUUAAAAACAAAUUUUUAAAGUAAUAGGCACAGAAGAAUAUUACAAUUAAGUGUCUUGGAUUCUUAGAAUGGCAGAAAGUGUGUGUAGGAAGAUUGUUUUGUUUCAUAAUAGAAUAUUCAACUAGAAUUUGUUUUAUUACUAUUUGGUGUUUUUGUUUAAAAGCACAUUUAUACUCUUUUAAUCUUUUUCCUUCCAUUAAUAUUAUUUUGUUUCAUUUUGUACUUGUUUUAAAAUUGCCAGGUUUAUUAACUUUGGUAACCUGUGUUCCGGUUUUAGCUUUUGUAUUUUUACAGCUUAGUACCUAUCUACUUUUUAAAUGUUGUCUUAACUAUGUCACUAUUAUGGUAUUUUUAGGCAAACUGCAUUUUCAUACCAAGUGUGACUUAUGUCAGCUCCAACCUUAAUGAGGUACCUUCUAUCUUUAUUUUUUUUUCCUUUCUGAAAGGUAAUUAAGUGCCUCUAAGUCUACCCCAAUACCGAAAUACUUGUAACCAGCCCUGGUAGUAUGUAUACCUGUUCAAGAAAUUUCAGAUGGAUUGCUGUUAGAAUUAAUUUCUAGUGAAGAUAUAAAAAAAGAUGCUGCUAAAAACAUAUUGUAUAUUUAAUUAAAUCAAGAUGGCUAAUGAGAUUAACUUUCACCACUGCUCUAUGCACCAAUGCCAAAUGAUUUAAAUACCUUCCCCUUGUAGUUGUUCUUAGGUACAUUACCAAAGGGAUUGAGAUGGAUAUGUCACAUGUUCAAAUAAUUUUAUAUUCAGUAAAUACUCAUUAAGCAGCAUUCAGAAUCUUUCUGCACUUUCAUGUUGAACACAAAAGGAUAGUGAGCUUUUAUCAAAACUUAUUUAAAUCAAAACUUGACAGUAUAGCUGGGCUAUUAAAUUGUGCAUCCAAAGCUCCUGAAUCAUUUCUUUCCUGUAUCCCUUAAUGAGGUUGGAGUCCACUGCAGUUUAACAUAAUACAAUAAUAAAACAUUUUAAUCAGUAUUAAAACUUUAAUUAAGCCAGUAAUGAUGCAUGCCUGUUGUAGCUGACAGCAUGGGUCAGUAAGUUCUUCAUUGAGUGCCUUACAAUAAUUUAAAAUCAAGCACAUGUAAGGUACUGUGUUAGACUGUGGGGUUCAAUUUUUAAAUCAUCAGCCCUCUUUUCAUAUAUUUGAACAAAACCUAAAGCAUCCCACAAGUAUUCAUCUGUUCCUUUUGAGAAUUUGGUUGUAGAUUUACCACCUUGAGAAAUUAUCUGGACAUUUUGCUGCUAUUCAUUGUCACAUAGAUGGCACAAGAUGCUUUUCUUUUUUUAAUUAAGUUUACAUAACAGUAACGGUGUUGCCAAAUCAUUCCAUGUUGAUCAAGUAUUUUCAUGGAAAAUAUAAAGUGCCAGAAGAAAAAAAAGUGUGCCAGACAGAGCCCACACAUUCUUAUUCUUUCCAAGACACUGUGACCGUGUACAGUAGAAUUUUUUAAUUUCCUAAAAGACAGAUCUCCCAGCUAUCACCUGGACAUUUUCAGAGCUAGAGUCAGAGCCCUUUUUAUAAUCUCUCCGUGGCAUGUACAGGAAGGGAGCUCAGGCUAGUGGGAAGAAGAAGGAAACUCAUGACUUGAGGUUUGUAUCUCUAGGUUGGCCACCACCCUGGAACCAGCUGCUGCAGAUCCCUGAGUCUCCGGCCUUCCUAACCUUUACCUUAAAUAGAUGAGCAAUUAGUACUUGGAGAGAGCCUCAAAACCUAGUAUUAUCUUCAAAUGAAUGGGUCUUAGUGCACCAGAAGGUGGCUCUCACUCCAAAGUUUGUAGCUGAAAGAUCCUAAGUCAUUAAUGCUCUCCACAAUUUUUCAUUGUCCUUUUCUUUAAAUGAUUGGAGUAUAUUUAAGGUCUUCAGUAGUAGAAUGGUAGUCGUAUAAAACUAGAUGUGACCAGGAUUAUGAGCUAAUUCAUAAUAUUGUUCUAAACAGUGCAAAAGACAAUUAUUUUUCCAUCAAAUCAAUUAUUUUUAUUUUCCCUUUUUUUUUCCUAAAGAAAACAAAAUUGUAACAAGUCCCUUAGGAACUUCGUGUCAGACACAAAAACUAUGGUAAAAAUUUACCUUAAUUUUGCAAAGAUUCCCUUUUUGGGUUAGUCACAACCUUGUAAUUAAAAGAAUGAAGUUUUGAUACACCUAAAUCAGCAGUUCUGACAGAUGUGUCCCAUGGUAUUAUUUUUCAGUACAACCUUUAGGCCUAGGUGGUUAGUACUUAUCAGGUCAUGGAGAGAGGCUUUUUGAUGAGAGGGGAGCCUGUCAACUUUCCUGUGAUAAUUGGCUUUCUGAUUUAACAUCCUAUGGGUGAGAUCUUAUAGAAAACUGUUUUAUAAUUUGUUAUACUGAACCAUGUGAAGAUUGUAUAUUAAAAUAAAGGUCUUUUAAAUCAUG